CCUUCUUAAAAUGCCUUCCUCCAUCCGGAAAGGCUUUAGAGAGAGAACGAGAGCCAGCGACGUAGAGCUAAACUAGCUCUGCUCUCAGCUGUACUAAUUCUCUCGACUAUGGAACUCUUUAGCUUGUUGAGGAACUGGAAGGGCGGUGGCGGAGCGCCGCCCUCGGCUUCCGGUGCUCCCUCCCGAGCCACCACCACCAUCGCCACCGCCAUCCUCCGCUCCUCAGCCGGGUCGGACGACGACGGCGGCGAGACGGAGGAAGAUGGCUCUUUCAUCGACCUCGAGUUCACUGUUCCCGUCGAAGAUGAGGCGAGAGGAGGGAAAGACUACAAAGACUACUCCGCUUCGGAAUCUGAGUCAGAAGAGGACGAGAAAGAGCUCAAUUUCGCCAUGCCAUCGCAGGAAAGUUAUAAAGGCGGCAGCUUUCGGCCCGAUCGUGGCCUUUCUUUCUCACCCUCCGACGAUAUCUUCUUCAAAGGGCGUCUUCUUCCUGUGGAGCCCUCCGUGCCCAGCUCCAAGCCCCAAUUCCGGGCUUUCCUCCUUCGCUCCGCCACCAAGCUCCGGGUCUUUGCGUUCAGGCUCAAGAAGACCAAAUCCUCGCCGGCGGAGCCCAAUGUCGCCUCUCCGGCGCCGACGGCGGCAUUCGCGAAGCGGCACCAGCGCAAGUUUUUUAUCAAAUUCAAGGUGGAGGAGGUGCCGAUCAUGUCGCUCUUCACACGGGACAACAGCUCCAAGAGCUCCAGCAGCAGCCGGUCGGCGAAAUUCCACGCCGACGACGGCUCGCCGGCGUCGGAGGAGAAGAGAGUAACCAAGGACGUGGUUCAGAAGUACCUCAAGAAGAUCAAGCCGUUCUACGUUAGGGUUUCGAAGCGCUACGGCGAGAAGCUCCGGUUCUCCGGGCCGCUUAGCUCCAGUAGCGCCGUGAAGGUGAGCGCCGCCGAGGCCGAUGGAGAAAGAGGAUCGGUGGCGACGGCGGCAGGAGGCACGUUUAAGAAUCAGAAGCUGCAAGGGGGGAAUAUUCCGGAGGGGCUAAGAGUGGUUGCUAGUCGUUUGAGAAAGAGCCGGUCGGCCUCGUCGGCAGUGGCCGCGGUCCGGUCACCGCCACGGCGGCGGCGGGACGAUUCCCUUCUCGAGCUGCAAGACGGGAUUCAGAGCGCCAUCGCCCACUGUAAGCGUUCGUAUAUUGCCGACAAAGAAUUGGUUACAGAGUCUGAGCCGCCGUUGGUCCGGUCGAGGAGCGAUCCGGGGGACGGGAGGUCGCUGGAAGGCUUGGGCAACGCCGGUUGACUUUUACUUCCUCUUCGAAUUUUUGGUAGAACGGAGGAGGUAGAAAGGGAGAUGGAAAAACGAAAAAGGGAAAAAAAAGGAAUUGCCUAGGGCUCCUUUGAGUUCGUCUUUGGCGUAGAAGCGUGGCAAAAGAGCUCUUUUUAGUACCCUGUGAAGUUGCUGUGUCUCUUUCUUUUCUUUCUUUUUUUUUUGUCUAUUUUGUGCUUUACAAAAGAAAAGUGCAGGAUGUACGACUUGUAAUUAGACCAAUCCUAGCUUUGUCAAUAGUUGUUUGCUUGUUCUCUUUUC